AUGGAUCCUAAGCAAGAUACAUUUAAUGAAUCUGUGUCGACAAUAAUAGAAAGAAAAGUAAGAGGUUGGUUAAGUGGAGUGAUUGACGACAUGCGGCGAAGUAGUCCAGUGCAACAGUGGCUGGAUUCCCUGCCAGCUGACGAAACAGUCGCACCCGAGGACACUAGUGAAGAAGUAAAGAUCUCAGAGCCCAAGUCUGAUGACAAUGAUAGCAAAGCAGAUGAAACAGUAACUGAGAACACAGUAAUAGAGCCUAAUAAAGAAGAGCUCCAAGAUGAUCAGAACCUAGAAGUUCCUUUAAAAGAAGCCUGGAAAAGGAAGUCACUUGAUAGUGGGUUACUAACUAGCACACCUCAGCGAACUAAUGUUAAACGACUACAACGGGACCAUUCAAUACAAUCAGAGGGAUACUCCCCCAAGUUUAAGAAUCCAUUGUUUAGAGACCAUUCUUUGCAGUCUGAUAAUAGUGGCUCAAGUGGAAGUUCAGUUUUAAAUGUGCUAGGAGCACGAAAAGUAGAUGCUGAGUCAGUACUGCUUGCUCUAGGCUUUGGGCCAAGUGAAAAGCAGCAAAAAUUGCAAAGAAUACCUGACAGAUUUUUAGCGCCUUCUAAACUCAAAGGUAUUAGCACAGAAGAUUUUAUAAAAAAAGAGCAGCAUUCAAUGCGUAUGCACGAUUGUGGUAUAUUUGGAUAUAGAGGUCUUACCGGGAAUCCUCAUGUUCCACCGUCGACAAUUGUAGCUAAAAUAAUUGGAUGCAUUCUACAAGACGAGGUAUGUCGUGAAGAGGCGUUAAUAAAAUCCAGACACUCGAUAGCGGACAUGCGAACUCAACCUAACCUCAGUGCAAUCCUCGCCGCGCGUAUGCGCCACAACUAA